AUGCUCACCAAGACCAACUACUCCGACUGGGCGCUGCUCAUGAAGGUCAAGCUCAGAGCCCGGUUACUCUGGACUGCCAUUGAGAAAGGGGGCGUCGAACCCCAUGAAGACAUGCAGGCGCUCGACGCGCUCUGCAGCGCAGUGCCGCCGGAAAUGUGGCCGGUGAUCGCGAACAAGGAGACGGCCAAGGAGGCCUGGGAGGCUAUCGCCACCAUGCGGAUCGGCUAUGACCGCGUAAAGAAGACGUCGGCUCAGAACUUGCGGCGGCAGUUCGACUCGGCGACGUUCAAAGAAGGAGAGUCUGUUGAGGACUACGCGCUGCGUCUCAACAGCAUGGCGUCGACUCUCACCACCCUCGGAGACAAGGUCGAAGAGACGCAGGUAGUGGAGAAGAUAAUCCGCAAUGUUCCCCAGCGUUUCAGGCAGAUCAUGGUCGCGAUCACGAUGCUGCUCGACGUGUCGACGCUUACCGUCGCGGAUUUGACGGGUCGGCUCAAGGCGGCGGAGGAUGCCUUCGAGGAACCGCCGUCGGCUAUGCACCACGACGGCAAGCUGUACCUGACCGAGGAAGAGUGGGAUGCACGGCGGAGGAAGCGUGAUGCUGAGAAAACUGGUGGUGGAGGUAGCAGCAGCGUGACGCACCGUGGCGGACAUGACCGGGGGCGUGGGCGCGGCCGUGGCAGCGAAAAGGGCUCGUCAUCAGGCGGCCUGAUGGGCAACUCAGGCCGGCCCAGAGGUAAUGAGUGCAGGAGAUGCGGGAAGCUGGGCCACUGGGCCCGCGAGUGCCGCUCCAGGCCCAAGAAAGAGCAGGCCCACGUCGUCCAGGAUGAGGAGGAGGCCUCACUCCUUCUCAUGAAGUCAACGACGGCCAUAUCGACGGCGUCGCCACCAACCUCCACUCCACCACGUUUUGCUGCGACUCUGCAAGGAGAGGAUCGGCUCCGGCGUGCAAGCCCACCGCCGCCGGGAGCAAAAGGGGUCCCCGUCAAUGGAGGGGCCGCCAAAGAAGAGAAGAAACCAGGCGCCCAGACCCAGAUCCAUCUGCGGGAAGAAAAGGUGUUCGCCCACCUUGAAGAGGAGGAGCUGCGUGAUGAGGAGGCGUGGGUCGUGGACAUGGGCGCCACGAACCACAUGUCGGGUUCCUGUACGGCUUUCACUGAGCUGGACACGGCGGUACUUGGGACGGUGCGGUUCGGCGACGACUCGGUGGCGCGGAUCGAAGGCCGGGGGGCAAUCAUGUUCCUGUGCAAGAACGGCGAGCACCGGUCCUUCGCGGGGGUGUAUUACAUUCCCUGACUGAUGACGAACAUCGUCAGCGUCGGCCAACUCGAUGAGGCCGGGUACCAUAUCGACAUCGAGAAGGGGGCGAUGAAGAUCCAUGAGCCAGGCGGACGGCUCCUGGCGAAGGUGAUGCGCGGAGAGAACCGGCUGUACAUUCUCCACGCCAAGCUGGUUCGGCAGGUGUGCCUGGAGGCGCGGGGAGUCGAAGAAGCUUGGAAAUGGCACGCGCGCCUCGGACAUGUCAACAUGACCGCGCUGCGGAAGAUGGCUCGGGAGGAGCUGGUGCGCGGGUUGCCGGCAGUUGGUCAGGUGGACCAGCUGUGUGAGGCGUGUCUCGCUGGCAAGCAGAAGCGGUCGCCGUUCCCCGAGCAGGGAGAGUACCGGGCGCGGCGUGUUCUGGAGAUGGUGCACAGCGACCUCUGUGGUCCGAUUGCACCGGAAACGCCAAACGGCAGCAAGUAUUUCCUGCUGCUCGUGGAUGAUCGAAGUCGGUACAUGUGGGUGGCCAUGCUGCCUUCAAAGGACCGUGCUGCGGUGGCCAUCAAGGAGAUUAAGGCUCGGGCAGAAGACGAGUCAGGACUGAAGCUGGGAGCGCUCCGUACUGAUCGGGGCGGCGAAUUCACCUCACAUGAGUUUGCGGAGUACUGUGCGGGAGAAGGUAUUCAUCGUCAACACACGGCGCAUACAGCCCGCAGCAGAAUGACAUCGUCGAGCGCAGGAACGGCACGGUGCUAGCAACCGCGAGGAGCAUGCUCAAGGCAAAGGGGCUGCCGGGCUGGUUUUGGGGUGAGGCAGUAGCAACUGCUGUAUACAUCCUGAACCGGUGUCCGACGAAGAGCGUGGACGGCAUGACGCCUUUCGAAGUAUGGCACGGGAAGAAGCCGGCGGUGCACCAUCUGAAGGUGUUCGGAUGCAUCGCCUACGUCCUGAACACGACACCGCAUCUCAAGAAGCUGGAGGACCGCGGCCGUAAGAUGAUCUUCAUCGGCUACGAGUGCGGAUCAAAGGCUUACCGUGCGUACGAUCCCACCACGAGGCGUGUCCAUGUGACACGGGACGUGGUGUUCGAUGAAAAUGCCCAGUGGGACUGGGGCAGCGGCGCGGAGCAAGGGGAUGCGGGCAGCCACGACGACAUGUUCACAUUGGAGUAUGCCGUCGGGAACUAG